AUGACUUCAGAGGCGGAAAAGUACGAGGUGCUGGAGAAAAUCGGUCAUGGCUCCUUUGGCAUCAUCCGGAAGGUGCGACGGAAGCAGGACGGCCUCGUCAUGUGUCGCAAGGAAAUUAGCUACCUCAAGAUGUCGCAGAAGGAGCGCGAGCAGCUUCACGCCGAAUUCCAGAUCCUCUCGACCCUCCGCCACCAGAACAUCGUAGGCUACUACCAUCGCGAGCACCUCAAGUCAACUCAGGACCUCCACCUCUACAUGGAGUACUGCGGCAAUGGCGAUCUCGGCCGGGUCAUCAGGGAUUUGGCUGUCAAGGGACAGCGCGCGCAAGAGUCUUUCGUCUGGAGCAUCUUUUCGCAGCUGGUUACUGCACUCUACAGAUGCCACUACGGCAUCGACCCUCCCGAGGUUGGCAGCAAUGUCCUGGGUCUCUUCAGCACGGCUUCGAAGCCCAAGACGCCGCCUGGCACCAUGACUAUCCUGCAUCGCGAUCUGAAGCCCGAGAAUGUCUUCCUGGGAGAAGACAACUCCGUGAAGCUUGGCGACUUUGGCCUGUCCAAGAUGAUCCAGUCCCACGACUUCGCUUCGACCUACGUCGGGACUCCCUUCUACAUGUCGCCCGAGAUUUGCGCCGCCGAGAAGUACACCCUCAAGUCCGACAUCUGGUCAUUGGGAUGCAUCAUCUACGAGCUCUGCGCGAGAGAGCCCCCGUUCAACGCCAAGUCGCACUUCCAGCUGGUGCAGAAGAUCAAGGAGGGCAAGGUCUCACCGCUGCCCAGCUGCUAUUCCAGCGAGCUCAUGGGCUGCAUCAAGGACUGCCUGAGAGUCAACCCUGAUCACCGCCCCGACACUGCUCAGCUGCUCAACCUCCCCGUCGUCCGUCUGAUGAGGAAGGAGAGGGAAGUUGUCGAGCUCAACAAGGUCAUCAAGACCAAGGAGGAUUCGUUUGCACGCCGCGAAAAGGACCUGCAGGAGAAGAUUGCCGCGUUUGAGGCUGACAAGGCCUCCGUUAAGCAGGAGGUCGACGCCUCUUUGCGCAGAGAGUGGGAGGUCAAGGCGCGCCUGGAGAUCGAUCGUCAGAUCAACCAGGAGAUUGAGGCCCUCCGCAAGCGAUUCGAGAGUGAGGUGCAGGCCCGCGUUGAGGCCGAGCUUCUGAAGAAGGCCACCGAGUCGGCCCAGGCUCAAGACCUUGCCACGUCCCAGACGAAGUCUGACUACCCCAGAUCAUCCGUUGGCAACGCCAGUGGCGACGAGGAGUUCUCAUCCUCCACAGACCUUACCGAUAUCUCGACGGAAAGCCCCGUCGCAAGCAACGAGUUGAAGAAGGUUACUCGCACCCCAUUCGGCCGAGCGCAGACCAUGUUCGUCGGCGGCAUGGGAACUCCCAUGGACAUCGAGAUGGCGUCUCCUUCACCUAUUGCCAUCGCUUCCCUGUCCCUCUCCCCCCGACGGAAUGCGGCCACCAAGGUACCUAACGCUAACACCGGUAACCUCUUCUCAUCGAAAGCUGCCUCCGAGGACCCUGUCUGGGACCUGGCUCGCGACACCAUUAGCAUCGAUUCCGACGACGAGGACAUCGUCCCCUCCCCUACUCGCAACAUCAAGUCGCGACAGAACCCUUUCACGUCCAAGAACCGCCCGGUUCUUACCUCUCAAAAGUCUGUCCCUAUUACUCGCGUCAAGCCCCAGGCUUCUUCGACAGCAUCGAACCAAAACAAAACGCUGCCUGCUCUGCCUAACAUGGCUUCGAACCCCGACCUGGGCCGUGGCCUGCGCGAGCGGUGCCCAUCCCCCAACCGCCGUCUGAGUAAGAUCCCUUCGGCGUCGAACUUGGCGUCGGCCGCCAACGGCAGCGAAUCCCCCGGCGGUCUUUCCCGCAAGAACUCUACCAAGAAGGAUCAGGAGCCCCUUGGUAAGGUUGCGGCGAAGAACAACAUCAAGGGCAGAACCCUCGUUGAGCUCCAGCAGGCUCGCGCAGGCGGUCGCCCUCUCUCUGCUGUCCUGUCUGGCGGCGAGAACAUCAGCCCUAAGCGGGCGUUCAAGGACCGCAUUGCGGACCGACGAUCCAGCGGCGGCGAGCCGGCCGCGGUGUGGGAUCCUGAGCGGGACGAGAUGCCCAGUCCGUUCCUGGUGCGACGCAAGCCCAUGGCCAGAGUCUAA